ACCAGACAUGCAUCUGAAACACGGGCAGAAAAUUACGCACUUCAACAACACAUUAUCAGCAAAACAACACAAACUGUUUAUUUAACACUCUCUCCAAGCAGACUGGAAAGAAACUACAGUGACUCUGCACGCAAAACGCAACAGAACAAAAUGGCACAUUAUAAUCAACCAUUAGCGUCUUCAUCAGGAGAAGUCAAUCUGGGAGCGUCUGUCAACCCUCAUGCCAAACCCACUGACUUUGACUUCAUGGCUGUUAUUGGUAAAGGAACAUUUGGGAAGGUGCUCUUAGCGAAACUCAAAGCCGAUGGAAAAUUCUAUGCAGUAAAAGUUUUGCAAAAAAAAGUUAUACUGAAGAAAAAGGAGCAAAAGAACAUAAUGGCGGAGAGGAACGUGCUGCUCAAGAGCUUGAAACACCCUUUUCUAGUCGGGUUGCACUACUCAUUUCAGACCCCUGAAAAACUCUAUUUUGUGCUGGAUUAUGUCAAUGGUGGAGAGCUGUUUUAUCACCUGCAAAGAGAGCGCUGUUUCUCAGAGCCAAGGGCUCGCUUCUACACAGCUGAGGUGGCCAGUGCCAUCGGUUACCUGCACUCUCUCAAUAUAGUUUACAGAGACCUCAAACCAGAAAACAUUCUAUUAGACUCCCAGGGUCACGUGGUGCUAACCGAUUUUGGUUUGUGUAAAGAAGGUGUUGAACCAGAAGGAACCACCACAACUUUUUGCGGCACUCCAGAGUAUCUAGCACCUGAGGUUUUACGUAAAGAGCCCUAUGACCGCACGGUGGACUGGUGGUGUCUUGGUGCUGUGCUCUACGAGAUGCUGUACAGCUUACCUCCGUUCUACAGCAGAGAUGUAUCGGAGAUGUAUGAUGGCAUCUUGCAUAAACCUCUCCACCUGCCACCUGGAAAAUCUGAGGCCGUAUGCCACUUGCUCUACGGACUCCUGCACAAAGACCAGCAUCGGCGAAUAGGAGCUAUCGCUGAUUUACUGGAGAUUAAAAAUCAUGUGUUCUUUGCCCCCAUAAACUGGGACGACCUCUACCACAAGCGAAUCACUCCUCCAUAUAACCCCAAUGUGAGAGGCCCUGCAGACCUUCAGCACAUUGACCCAGAGUUUACCCGAGAGAUGGUGCCCAACUCUGUGGGCCGUACACCCGAACCCACCCCCAGCCUGGCCACCAGCAGCUCCAACGCCUUCACUGGCUUCUCCUACAUCUCUGGAGAAGAUGGCUUUCUCUGAGGCAUGUUCUCUCACGUCAGUAUGACCUUCAAGCAUCGAUCAUAUACCCUUUCUGGACAUUGGAAAAACAUUCAAAUGUUUUUGAGUUUAUUACCCUUUUUUACCAUGACUUCAUGUUAAUCAGGGUUUUAAAGAAAAAAAUAAUAUAUACAAAGUUGGAAUUGUUAUUGUAGGAUGAUGACUUGUUGAUUUUAUGCUCAUUGUGCAUGAAUGAUAAAACAGAAUUUCGUCAGUAUGCACAAUUUUCAUUGUGCAACAUUGAAGGACACUGCAGCAAGUUGCAAAAUCUGUAAAAAAAUUUGAUUUCUCAUAUUGCUUGUCUAAGUGUGGAUCUGUGUUUCUUAUCUAAAUUUCAUUAUGCUCUUUAUCUGAUUUCUGAAACAACUUUGGAUGUGAUUUUUGGAGAAAAUCCAAAACAUUGUUGUAUGUGCAAAAACAUCCUGUACAAAGCUUCUGCUAUAAAAAGCAUAUUUUGUAAAACGAUGCAAAUCUAUAUUAUGAAUAAUCCAUAAACAGGGUUGGGGGAGUAACGGAAUACAUGUAACGGGAUUACGUAUUUAAAAUACAAAAUAUAAGUAAGUGUAUUCCACUACAGUUACAAUUUAAAUCAUUGGUAUUUAGAAUACAGUUACAUUCAAAAAGUAUUUUGAUUACUGAAGAGAUUACUUUGCAUUUUAUUGUUAUUUGUUUCAUUUAAUAUUUAGUCCUUUCAGAUGGAAAACAUUUAUACAUAUAAAUGAUGCGAUCCAAAGUGCAUUUGAACAGCAGUGAAACACUUUCUUAUGAUGUGUUACAUUCAUACGAGCAGACAGAGAAGUAAGUUUGAAGUAAGUUUGGAGCAGAAGAAAUAGAAAUAAACCUUGUGUAAAUUGUCAGCUUUAAGCUAAGCUAAAAUGCUAUUUCUAGCCAUUUUACAUGACAUGUUACCAGACACGAUCAUAUUUUUUAUCAAGAAAAUUCAUGUUAGAUCAUAAUUUCUUUUUUUCUAGUAAGACCUUUGAUAUUAGGACAAAAAUCAUAUUCUUGAUAAUAAUUUUUGUAUUGUUUUCCUGUAAAAAUAUAAAUUUGAUUGAUCUUGUUUUAGAAACAACACUGCAUAAGAUAUUUAGGUUUUUCAGAGAAUGUAUUUUUAACGUGUAUUUUGUCUUACUGUACUGGCAGAGUUUUUAUAGUCAAAACAAAUGAAAAAAAUCUACCAGUGCUGAAGAAGAAAUCCAAAGUAUUUAGAAUACGUUACAGAUCUUGAGUACUCUAACGGAAUACGUUACAAAUUACAUUUUACAGCAUGUAUUCUGUAAUCUGUAGUGGAAUACAUUUAAAAAAUAACCCUCCCAACCCUGUCCAUAAAUGUGAAUCUCAUAAAACCGCUUUACUAAAUCUAUGUAUUAUUUGUCAAAUGGAGGAUGAACACGGAAAACUUUGGUCGGUCUUAGGGCUUUGAACACCAAACACAAAUUUGCUAAAGCACAGGAAGCUUUUGACAACCGACUUUAAAUGCUGACAUAACUUGAGGAAAAAAUCCUGAACCAGCAUUGAGGAUGUGUAUUUCAUUUGCAUCAAAUGCCUUAAAAACUGAUUUUUUUUCUUUUUCUCUUAACAUGUAAUUGACAUUGCUGCAUCACUGCUUUGCAUCCCCUUUAAAAAAAACCCUCUCUGAUCUUACAUGGUUGUCUUUAUAAUGUAUUCCAUAUUGCUGCAUUUUUUUUGCCUUUGCAUUUAAUCUUACGCAAGUUCUCUUAUAUUUCUAAUCUAAUAAAUAUUGUGGCAUCUUUGCCUUUGUAUCACCUUUUUUAAUAAACAAAUUGACGGAUCUUGUUUUUUUUUUUUAUAUUAUUCAUUUGCCAUGCAUACUGUACACACUACUUUUGUCAAGUACAUUUGUUUAAAAUGUACAAUAAAAUGUAUAAUACUAUUGCUGUGGCUUGCAGUGCACUCUGUAUAUAUGUCUUUGUAUCAAAGUGUCUUUGUAUAACAAAAAUGUGGGGUUUGUUCCACAAAAUUAUGCAAUCAUUUUUUCUGUGCUGUCAUUUACAGUCAUUGACAGCAGUUAAGUUUUAAAGUAUUUAAUAAUGGGUCAGUCAGAAGAUGGGUUUUGUUGGUUGGGUUUUUUGGUUUAUUGUAUGCAUUUUAUAGACUUUUAGAUUGUUUAAAUGUUGUUAUGUUUAAUUUAGUAACAUUCAGGGUUUUGAG